GUUCGCUCGCUCGCACCAAGAAAUACAUACAUACAGACAUACCACAGCUCUACUGCACUCGCUCUUGUUCGUCGACGACCGGCCUCGAGGUGGGAUCCAGCGGGGUCAAACAGGAUCGGCACGAGGAGAAAUCGCGAGCUUCGGUUGGUUUUGCUCUGCUUUGAGCUUGCGCGGCGCGAUGGGCGUGCUCUUCUCGUGCCCCGUGGAGGAGGACGGCGGCGCGGGCGAAUGCGGCCUCGUCGCGGCGGAGGAGCAGGCGACGUUCCUCAAGGCCUCGCUUGGCUCCGGCAAGCUCCGCAUCGAGGGCUCCCUCAGCUUCAAGCGGCUCCAGCUGGUGGAGCCCAAGAUCCCCAUCACCACGUCCGACGCCGUCGACGCGGUCACCGCGCCGGUGCCGGUGCCGGUGCCGAUGCCGAGGGAGCUCCUCCGGACGCGGUUCGCGGACGCGGCGGGAGUGCCGGCGCCGGAGAGCCCCAAGCACGAGGCGGCGGCGGUGACGCUGCAGAAGGUGUACAAGAGCUUCCGGACGCGGCGCCGGCUCGCCGACUGCGCCGUGCUCGUGGAGCAGAACUGGUGGGAGCUGCUGGACUUCGCGCUGCUCAAGCGGAGCUCCGUCUCCUUCUUCGACAUCGAGCGGCAGGAGACCGCCGUGUCCAAGUGGGCGCGCGCCAGAACCAGAGCCGCCAAAGUCGGAAAGGGGCUCUCCAAGGAUGAGAAAGCUCGGAAGCUCGCAUUGCAGCACUGGCUUGAAGCUGUGAGUACUUUCCUCAGAGAAACUGCCAAAUGUUCAGUUAGGUUGAUGUGUUCUCUUUUUUGUAAAAGUACUGUAUGUGCUAAUGCGAGCCCUGCAAUUUCUGACGAGCAGAUUGACCCGCGUCACCGGUACGGCCACAACCUUCACUACUACUACGACUGCUGGCUGAGGUGCGAAAGCAGGGAGCCUUUCUUCUACUGGCUCGACAUUGGAGAGGGCAAGGAGAUCAACCUCGAGGACCGGUGCCCGCGGUCCAAGCUUCUCAGCCAGUGCAUCAAGUAUCUUGGACCGAAAGAGAGAGAGGACUAUGAGGUUGUGAUUGAGGAUGGCAAGUUCAUGUACAAGAACAGCAGGCAAAUCCUCGACACCUCCGGCGGUCCGAGGGACGCAAAAUGGAUCUUUGUGCUGAGCACAUCCAGGAAUAUGUAUGUCGGGCAGAAGAAAAAGGGCACGUUUCAGCAUUCUAGCUUUCUCGCUGGAGGCGCCACAUCUGCUGCCGGGCGACUGGUUGUCGAAGAUGGAGUUCUGAAGGCUAUCUGGCCUCACAGCGGGCACUACCGCCCCACCGAAGAGAACUUCCAGGAAUUCCAGGCCUUCCUCAGAGAGAACAAGGUCGAUCUCAGCGAUGUUAAGAUGAGCCCAGCUGAAGAGGAUGAGGAGUUCUGGAGCAGGCUCAGAAGCAUCCCUACUGAGCGGUGCGUCGAUGGCGACAAACCCGAAGAUGAAAUGGUUCCUGCUGAAGAAACCAUCCCUUGCCUGGCUGAGGUCACUGAAACCACACCUGAAGAAGUCUUCCAACUCCAAGAAACAGGCAACGAUCGUAGCCAACCGGAGAUAUUGGCAAGGCUAGAUUCAUCGAAGGGCGCAGUAAACAUCGAAAAAUCAAUAACUUCCAUGCCUGAAGAUGAUCAGGGGGACAGUGAUGAUGAUCAUUCCGUGGUGUCAAGGGAGAAGGUCAUUGGGAGGGUCAACUCAUAUCAGCUGGGGAAGCAAGUGUCCUUCAAGUGGACCACCGGCGCCGGACCCCGGAUCGUGUGCGUCAGGGACUACCCGCCGGAGCUCCAGCACCGGGCGCUGGAGGAGGUGCACCUGUCGCCGAGGAGGGGCGGCAGGGCGACGUCGCGGUUCUCGUCGCCACAGAGGGGUGGCAGCCCGAUGUCGAGAGGCUGUGAGCCGCUGACGCCGAGAGAGGCGUUCCAUGCCACGCAUCUGCAGCAGGGACUACUGAUCAGUUUAUGAUGAACGAGCUAUUCUUGUUCAUCAGUUGUGCAUAUGGUAGGGGAAUAAAGUUAUUGGGAGCAAAACGAAGUACUCCUUGUGUAGAUCUUGUAGUGAUGUGUGUAUACGUGAUGUUCAAAUUGGACACAAAUACAGAGAUCAAUACAAAUUCUUUCAUUCUUUGGUCU